AUGCAUAACUCAAGCCAUCCUCCACAGAAUCCACAUUGGGGGCAGGAAUUUACUCCUUCCCCCCUAUCUACUGGCUCUACUAGUAUUCCUGAUGGGGAUCUCUUUACAGAUAGUUCCAGGAUCCCGCAGCCUCAAUUUCAGCCUGGUGCAUACAUGCAUGAAAACCAACAGUUUCAGAUGCUGCGCGAACAAUAUAGGGCACUGGAGUCACAAAUUGUGAAGGUCACAGCCGAAUGUGAUUCUGUCAUUGCUGCAUAUCAAUAUCUUGCAAGUGCAGUUCGCUUCCCGAUUAAUGACCCAUUCCAAUUCAAUCCUUUGUUGAUCCCAACACCAACAAGUACAAGUAAUGCCGAACGCCCAAAUCCAGAGACACAUCCAAACGUUCAGUUUUGGGACAAGGCUGAGUACCUCAAGUGGUUGGAUUCUGCUGAUGCUGAACACACUGCACUGCAUGGCAAGCUCACAUUCCUGGAGGACAGCAAUGGAAAUCCAGUUUCUGAAACCACAAUCAAUGCUAUCCAUAAAGCUCUGCAUGCAGCAUGGUCGGAGCUCCUCAUUCGCAAACUUGCACCUUUGACUUGGGGGAAGCUGACUACAUCAGGCACCCAGCUGAUGAAUAGCUUGAUGGAAAAUGCCUACCCACUAUUUAAGCUCGCCAACAAUGGCUGGAAGCUUGACUACCUCGCUACAAUGUCUUACUCGUCUUGGCGGCAAAAUCACAUGGAUGAAUGCGGUAAUCCACUAGUGGGUGGCGAUGAGGAGGGUGAUACCACUUCAAAAGGCAAGAAAAGAAAGCAGCGUAUUAAAUCUGAAGCACCUGAAGUCCCUGAAAAGAAGAUCAAAGUCGAUUGUGGUGCACUAGAGAUUACCAUCCUACCACUGACUCCUCCACCAUCGUCUAUUUCAUCUCUACCAGAAUGCCCAAUGCCAUCCUUGACACCAUCAUAUCCUCCUCAAGCGGAAGAAGGUGCAACAACAACAUCAGCAAUUCCACAAGAGUCCACUCCACAAGUCCACGAAGCAGUUGCUGUACCUGUUCUUGAAGAUAUUCAGCCUAAGAGCAUCCUUCCUGAGCCUAUCUGUGCUCCAAAACCUGUCAAAAUCACAAUCAUUAAUCCACUCUCUACACUGGCAUUUGUUGCGUCCAGUGUUGCUUCCAUCAACCCAUCACUUGAGCUACAAUCUACCAGUGAGCCUGCACCCAAGGACAUGCCAGGAAGUGUUCUUCAAGUUGCUCCGAACUCUAUGAGCAAAACAAAAACAGUAAGCAAGGGACCAAUGCGCCCAAGUCCCACGAGAAAUGGACGAAAUUUGUGUGCAUUGCAUUGGCUUAAGCAGAUCAAGCGAGGUGGGAAGAUGGACGAGUUCAAUAAUUACUAUGGGUCACUAACACCAGAUCAGUGUGGGAAAUACGAUGAGGAGGCUAAGAUUCUGGUUGCCAAGAAUACGUGGACCAAAAAUGUCAAUGAGGGCCAUGUCUACUAG